AUGGAUCAUCGAACAUUCGUAUCGGAUUCCCUUCUUCGCCUUACCAGUGCCUCGGACCCUACCGUUGUCGACUUCGUGCUCGCCACCGCCAGCUCCACUAAGUCAGUGAGUUCACUCCAAGAGAAGCUCGCAUCGUUCUUGGAUGGCAGUACAGACGAUGUCAAUGCGUUUUGCGGGGAGCUGUAUAGAAGGGUUGGCGUGGGCGCAAAAGGUGGACCCACCAGCAGCGCUCAGAAAGAGCGCGGUGAUGCCGCGUCGAAAAAGAAAUACAGACUAGUUGAAAUGGAAGAUAACAAUCCGGAUUCUACAAGCUCCCUGGGACCCAUGAACGUCGAAGCAGAAAGGGAGAGGCGAAGGCGUAAGGACAAGGAUCACAAGCGAGCUAAAGAGGAAUCUGGCGGACACAGUCGCUGGGAAAAGGAGGAAAACAGGAAGCGUGAGCGGAGCCGAGAAGGGAUUCAGGAUCGACACCGGUCCAAAAAACUGCGGCGACGGGAUAAAGAGGAUUUCGAGGACCGCUGGGGUGACGAAGAGAUACCCGAAGAUGAAAUGUAUGGAGAGGACGAGCAGGGCGGCGAUUUUGAAGAGUCGCCAUCGAAGCGGACUAGGUUGGAGGACGGAUCUGCGUCACCCCGGUCGAGCAGCCCUGCAGAACUGGAUCCAGAGACAAAGAAGGAACUUGAACGUCGGAAGGACUUAGAAGAACGAGACGAGUUUGCGAAGCGGUUAGCCAAGAAGGAUGAUAACAAGAAUAAGAAGAUUGUCGAAGACCGAACUAGGAACAGUGAGGUUGCGCGCAGACGGGCUUUAGCAGACGACGCUUCCGCUAGGGCGGCCGCUAUGCCCGAGCUGAGGAUGCGUUCUCGACAGGAAUAUCUUAAAAAACGAGAGACAGAGCGACUAGCCCUUCUACGCAGGCAGGUUGCAGAGGAAACAGCCGAGAUGCGUGACAAUCCUAAUUUGACACGGAAGGAGAAAGAGGAAUUUGCUAGAAAUCGGGAAGUGCUUCGGAUUGCUGAGGAGCGGCUACGGAUCGAUGAUUACCGCGAUGGAUACAUGAUGCCGGAUGAUUACAUCACAGAGAAAGGAAAGAUUGAUAGAAGGAAGAAAGAAGAUGCUCUUUACAAACGCUAUGUCGAUCGCGACGAGUAUGGACAGGAGCGGUUCGUCACGGAACACGAGGAAUGGGAGCUAGAGCAAACCGCCAAGGCAAAAGCGCAAAUUAACAGGGCGGAAUUUGUGGAUGAGGGUGACUACGAGUAUGUGUUUGAUGACUCGCAAAAGAUCAAUUUUGUUAUGGAUGCCAAGAUGGAAGGAACUCAGAAGGCUAUGACCCAGGAACAGCGUAUCCUCCAAGAAAAGCUCGAUGCUGCGGAGAAGAAGGCAGCAUCAAUCGAGGACACGCGAAAAAGCCUACCCAUUUAUCAGUUCCGGGAGGAGAUCAUUCAAGCGGUUCAUAGCCAUCAAGUGUUGAUUAUUGUUGGAGAGACGGGUUCUGGUAAAACAACCCAGAUUCCACAGUAUCUCCAUGAAGCUGGGUUCACAAAAAACGGGAUGAAGAUCGGGUGUACGCAGCCUCGACGGGUCGCUGCCAUGAGCGUUGCAUCUCGAGUGGCCGAAGAGAUGGGGGUGAAGUUGGGAAAUGAAGUUGGCUAUGCCAUCCGCUUUGAGGACAAUACAAGCGAUAAGACCGUCCUCAAAUACAUGACGGAUGGUAUGCUGUUGCGUGAACUGCUAACAGAGCCAGAUUUGGGUCAGUACUCGGCCUUGAUGAUUGAUGAAGCGCACGAAAGAACUGUGCCAACGGAUAUUGCCUGUGGCCUCUUGAAGGAUAUUGCCAAAGCACGGCCAGAUUUGAAAUUACUGAUAUCAUCUGCAACAAUGGAUGCUCAGAAGUUCCAGCAAUACUUCGAUGAUGCGCCUAUUUUCAAUAUUCCCGGGCGACGCUAUCCUGUUGAUAUUCAUUAUACAUCACAACCAGAGGCGAACUACUUGGCCGCAGCAAUCACAACCGUCUUUCAAAUUCAUGUCACCCAAGGCCCCGGAGAUAUCCUUGUGUUUUUAACGGGCCAGGAGGAGAUUGAAGCUGCUGAGCAGAGUCUACAGGAGACUGCACGGAAGUUAGGGAGCAAAAUUCCUGAAAUGAUAAUAUGUCCCAUCUAUGCCAACCUGCCAUCAGAACUACAAACUAAAAUCUUUGAGCCGACCCCGCCAAAGGCACGGAAAGUUGUACUCGCUACAAAUAUUGCCGAAACUAGUUUGACGAUCGAUGGCAUUGUCUAUGUUAUUGAUCCUGGGUUUGUCAAGGAGAAUGUCUUUAAUCCUCGGACUGGCAUGGAAAGUCUGGUGAGAGCCGGUCGGGCUGGUCGAGUUGGUCCAGGGAAAUGUUUUCGCCUCUAUACGAAGUGGGCGUACUAUAACGAAUUGGAGGAGAGCACGACGCCUGAGAUUCAGCGUACAAACCUUAGCGGCGUCAUUCUGAUGCUCAAGUCAUUAGGGAUCGACCAGUUACUCGACUUCGACUUUAUGGACCCUCCGCCGGCCGAGACAAUCAUUCGAGCGUUAGAGCAGCUCUAUGCGCUAGGUUCGUUGAAUGACAGGGGCGAAUUAACAAAGGUUGGAAGACAGAUGGCAGAGUUCCCGACGGACCCGAUGUUAGCCAAGGCGAUUUUGGCGGCAGACAAGUACGGCUGCGUGGAAGAGGUUCUUUCUAUUGUAUCGAUGCUAGGAGAGGCCAGCGCCUUAUUCUUCCGGCCUAAGGAUAAGAAGAUCCAUGCGGAUAGUGCGCGUAAUCGGUUCACUAUCAAGGACGGCGGGGAUCAUCUGACCCUGCUCAACAUCUGGAAUCAAUGGGUGGAUUCCGACUUUAGCUUCCGCAGCUUGACUCGGGCGCGUGACGUACGCGAUCAGCUGGCGAAAUUGUGUGACAGAGUCGAGGUCACUAAAGCCAUCACGGCUGGGUUCUUCCCGAACGCAGCACGUCUGCAGCGUGGUGGCGAUAGUUACCGAACGGUGAAGAACGGACAAACUGUGUACCUACACCCCUCAAGCACGCUGUUUGAAGUUAAUCCUCGAUGGGUGAUCUAUUUCGAACUCGUGCUGACGAGCAAGGAGUACAUGCGGAGCAACAUGCCACUUCAGGCAGAAUGGUUGGUAGAAACACUGGGACUAGAGCGGAAAAUGAAGGGACAGGGAGCGGCAGGUGAAAACAGUCGAGAUUACUAG